AUGGACACAAUUCUGUUCUUUAGCCUGAUUUUUGCAGCCUAUGAUGCCAAUCAGAAAGAACUCAAAGGCAGUAGCUGUCAAGUACAGCAGCUUCCUGGACUAUUCCCAAAGGACAUGAGAAGCAUCAAAGUGCUGUUGAUACAAGAAGCCCAGGGAGAAGCCAAAAGGGAUGUACCGGGCCAAAACUAGACAGUGGCUACCCUGCAGUGCCUUGGCUCAGGGAGCAAAGUGACAGUAAAUCUUCAGGAUUCAGAGGAAAGGCCAAAGGCCAGGUAUACCUUGAAAAGCCUGAAUGUCAUCACUGCUCCACCCCAGGACAACCUCACUGAGCCAUGCUGCUACUUAUCUACAGCACCCAAAUUGUGGUUCCAGGCUGGACUCCAUCUUACCGCCCAAGUGUUCUUUCCCAAUAUUUCCAACUGUGAGUUCUAUCCAGUGGUGAAGGCCUCCUUAGAGAGACCAUCAACAACUGCCAUCAUCACUACCACUACUGAGAACAGCCAAGAGGAGAAGAUGCCUGUUCCUGACACAGAUGAGGGCCUACUUCUGAGGAAGAAAUGGAGCAUCGUAGUCAAGGCCCUGAUUGCCAUCACCCUGCUGAUCAGCAGAAUAGCCAUAACGGUGUUUGUCAUUUUUGAAGUCCCCUGCCCUAGUGUAUGUCCUGGAGCAAGGAACUUGUGCCAUUGUCAACAGUGGAGAAGGUGGAAGGAAGAUGGCAUCGGUGGAGGGCCCCAGCCUGGGGCAACUGGAGACCCAAUAACAGGAAAGCCUGAGAAGGUUGGACCCAAAAGGACAGAGGCUGCCAACUCAUCUUCUCUCAAAAAGCCGUCUGAGAUCAUUGUUAUUCACCAGACAUCCUUCUGA